AUGGGCCCGAAACCUAAGAACGUCUGCAUGUUGAGGUUUGAGCAGGGACAGAGAGCGGCACAAGGAGAAGAUCUUGCUGCCCCAGAACGCGAAACAAUGGCUGAGUUGCUCCAGCCCCUGACUUACUCGCCUCCCAGAAGCCGUGGAAUUAGCGAGUCCGCACCACCCCCAGCAACUAACCCAGCAACUGUUACGACAACUAGCAACAUCUUUGAAGGGCCCGAAGAGCCCAAAAUAUAUUACCCCAAGGAGAAGAAGGGCACCGACAGAGAACCGGAUUCAGCGCCGCUUCUGCCAAGAUGGGACUCCUUCUCUGAGGUGCUAGGCGAACCUUCUCGAGCAGUGAGGAAGGUAAGCUCCACGCCUAGGCUUCAAGGUGAGGAGUAUGGUGGAAAUCGGAGAGCCGCUCAGCCGAAUUUCACUCCUGAGUCAAGCGUAGGGUCAGCAGAGACACCUCAAGAAGAUUACUGCCAGGCUUUACCUAAGUUGGAGGGAAUUAUUCUUGGAUCCCCUGAUUUAAGCCUAACCAACAAAGGGACAUGCGGCACGAGAGGCAGCGGCAAACUGGUCUUACCAGAGAGGAGAAUUCCAAGUGCUCAGGGCUCAGUCGAAAUGGCGGACGUUGAGUUUGUGUGCGGGAGUAGCAGCACUGUGACCCCAAGGCGAACUUCAAGCGAGAACAACACUGAGGUCUUGUUGCCGGGCCAAAACGUUCACGCCUCCUUGCCCCAGCUCCCCCUCCGCCCACCGACGCCAGUGGAAUUUAGACAACGCCCACAAUCUCGAGAGGUUAGCUCCUAUAGUUCUUUCGUCCCCGAUGGCAGAAGCACAAGCAUAUCCAGCGGUGUGAAAAUCUCCAGCAGUAGCUCAGCAAGAAGUAAUAAAUCACGUGGUCAGGGGCCGCCUUUUUUUGUCCAGCCUUCCAUUCACUCGCAUCACGACCACUACAUGGAGCUAGAAACUUCUCCUGGCGAAGACUCCAACGUGGUGGAACAGUCAACGCCCAGAGAUGAUUCUCCCAAAACGGUUCCACAGGACUUACGAGUCGAAGGAACUGCUCAAAAUGAAAUCCUUUCGCAACUCAAGGCCCUCGCCGGGGACGUUGCUGCCAUUAAAAUCGAACAGAUAAGAAUCAGUAAGAAGCUCGAAGACACCAAUAAUCAUCUGAAAGCUUUUUGGGGAAAGCCGCAGCAACUGGAAAGUGAGGAAGGCAUUAGGAGCUUUGCAUCAUACGAAGAAAGUAUCACCAAUCACGUCACCCAGGGAGCCGGAGAAUUUAAUGAAGCAGUGGAAUCGGUUGCCAUCAGUUUGGCAAAAAUCGGUGACAAUACGGCAAACACCAUCUCCGCAAAUCCAGCAGCCAGAGAAAGCGAUGAUCUAAAGUGGUCUGAUGCUGUGGAACAAGGGUCUCACGAUACUACUGCUGGUAUUCCGAUUACCACGUACAUAACCCCUGUUGAUCAGGGUAGACCAUCAAUUGUACAAGGUACAGGUAGAAUGGGGGAAAAUGAUGUUGGCAAAGAGAAUGUUGGAGGACCAAUGGGAAGAAGACGUUCCCAGACAAGCCCUUCGGUGAGAGGCGAUACGGCGCAGGACCAAGGUCAACAACAAUUUAGUAAUUGGCACGGCCCACCAACGAGCCAGAAAAGGGGUUUCUGGAAACGUCACAACGGCGGAAUGAGUCGGCGUGGCAGCGCGAGCGGGAGUGGCAGCAGGAAAUGUGAGAACCUCCAAGGCAUUCGUUUUGCACUCCGCAAAAAGUUGCUAACUUGCCACACAGUUGCGACCCCAAACUCUACCGGACAGCAACAGCCAGUGUCAGCGGCUUCACAGGUGUAUACACAUGGCGGCUAUGAAGCACAAUCACAAAUUCAACCCUCCUCCCGCAAUCCAGGAACACAUGGUGCUCAUGCGCACGCUUCUGGGCAAUACAGAGGAUACCCUCACCGUCAAUUUAGCAUGAGGCACAACCAGACCUCCACGCGUGACGGGGCAAUGCCUUCAAACCGGAGUUACAUGCCACAUCGUGAUUUUAGCCCCAAUUACGGAUCGCCUCCAGGACACCCGGGACAGGGAUACUCCCAAGUAGGUUUUCAUCGUUUCCACGGAGCCCAAAACGUUGGCAGCAGUCCUGAGAUCGGGCAAUGGCCUGCUGCCAACACUGAAUUCAACGUGCAUCGGCCAUGGGCGGGCGUUUCGAAUUGGUACCACCAGGUGAAUCCUCAGGGAAAUAACGAUAUGCAAGGCCCACCAAACUAA